AUGACCUCGCGGUACUUUCAUCGACAACAUGUGGUUCGUGCGCUUGUCGCAAUCCCCACGUUAGGCAAACAUCUAAAUUACAAUCUGGACACAAGCAUGUCUUUUGCGAAACGCACCGUGCUGGUAACAGGCUGCUCCGACGAUUCGCUCGGUUCCGCACUCGCACUCGCUCUGCACAACCAUGGCGACCUGCAGGUCUUCGCAGCAGCACGAGAUACAUCCAAAAUGACUUCACUAUCCUCUGCAGGCAUCACAACACUCUCCCUAGACGUGACCUCCUCGGAUUCAAUCAAUUCCAUUGUGGAAGAGAUUUCACAACUGACCAAGGGCAAGUUGGACAUGCUCAUCAACUCAGUCGGCGGCGGUCACUACCAGCCGUUCCUGCAUCUCGACCUCGCCGCUGCCAAGCAGCUCUUCGAUAUAAACGUAUGGGGGUUUGUCGCUACGACACAAGCUUUCCUGCCUCUACUCCUCGCCAACGCCGAGCCAGGCAAGAAAGGAAGAAAAAGCGUGAUCGUAAACAACACCAGCAUCUCCAGCGUCCUACGUACGCCCUACCAUUCGGCCUACUCAGCUUCCAAAGCUGCAAUGGCCAUGUUCAACGACAUACAACGCGUAGAGCUUGAGCCUCUGGGCGUCAAAGUCGUCGAUCUCAAAACCGGCUCUCUGGAAUCAAACUUUGGCGAGAACAAAAGUAACCCCUACGACCUACCAGAGGACUCACCCUACCAGCCAAUCAAGGACGAGGUUCUGAGAGUCGUCACUGGGGAGACCACGGAGGCGUAUGCAGAGGAUAGGAAGGCCUGGGCGAAGAACGUGGUCAAGGAUCUGAUGAAGAAUCCAGAUAGUCCGCCGCCGCAGAUCUGGAGGGGUGGAGCGGCGGGGACCAUUCAGACGAUUAGUAAGAUGGACAGCAUUCUGCCGGACUAUCUCACAGAUGGAAGUUACCAGGGGCUGGGUGGGUUGGACAAGCUUGGAAAAAUGCUGGAAAAGAAGGGAAAGGGGUCAUAG